CCACAAACCACUUUGAUAGAUAUCUCACUUCUGCUUGACUAUCAGUUUCUCAGUCACACGCUGAAGUCUUCCACUCUUAGUGAGCAUAUUUUAGAGCGGCAUCCAAUUGCAACUACAGACCGGUCCUUGCCAUGACAUAUGCAAAUACUUCCUCGGGGAAUGAGACCAACAGAUUACCUCCGUGGGAUAUUGUCCUCGCCAUCUUUUACAUCUUGAUCUUCAUCAUUGCUGUUCCUGGGAACUCCUUGGCAUUGUGGGCAUUCUGUCAUCAAAAGGGUACUUCACCCUCCAAGGUCUUCCUGAGAAAUCUGGCUAUCGCAGACAUCUCCUAUGUUCUUAUUUUACCUAUGCGCAUAGUUUACCACCUGUCUGACAGCCACUGGCCCUUUGGAAACAUCCUAUGUCAGCUGUCAGGCUUUCUAUUUUACCUGAACAUGUACUGUGGCCUCUACCUGAUGAGUUUCAUCAGCCUGGACAGAUUGGUUGCUGUGACUUUACCUCUAAGGUCUCAGGUGGUAAGGAAACCUUUGUAUGCACAUAUAGGUGUGACCAUACUGUGGGUAAUAGUCAUUGUGUCUAUGAUUCCAACACUUUUCUCACAAAAAAACCAAAACAACUCACUUAACAACUGCAGCAUGCUAUACCUUGAAAGAACCUCACCCAAAGCUUUGAUCUCCACCAUAGUUGCUUUUUUUAUUCCCUUCACCACCAUAGUUAUCACCUCCCUAGUGAUUCUCUUAAAACUGAGGAACCUGACACAACAAGAAGAGCGUCCAGUGAAAGACAAAGCUAUUAAAAUGAUCAUACUCGUAGUGCUAAACUUCAUGUUUGCCUUUGUUCCCUAUCACGUGUGCAGGGUGAUAUACACUCAUAGUACAGCUGGAGGGUCGGAGUCAUUGUCAUUGAAAAGAGCCAAUCAGAUUACAUCUGCGCUGAGCUGCAUCAGCGGUGUACUGGACCCUGUCAUGUAUUUCUUCUUGAACCGAGUUUACAGAAAUACGUUUCUUCAUCUGUUCUUUAAAACUCAGAAUCCUUCUCUGUAGGAAUCCAAGUAGAAUUCUUGCUAAAUAACUGUCUUGUUGUUGGACAUUUUAAAGAUUGGAAGGUCUUGUAACUAUGUUUUAACACAUCAAAGAGAACGUUAGAGAAAUAUUUUUUUAUUUUUCAAAUCUGUAAAGCAUUUACUAGAAUGUAAAGAGUUUGAUAUGCUUUUUCUGGUACUUUUGACUGAUGUUAAAUAAAAUAGAUUAAUCUCUACAUUCAACAGUCUGAGAGUAGCUUCUAACCUCAUAGUGUCAAAAAUUUAUAAGAAAAUGAAAUUGAGACAUGCUUAUGGUCUAACAAGUUUUCAAAGAACUUAAAGCUCUGCCUACUCUAUUAGCUUUAGAUUGCAUCCAAAGGGUCUUCUCCCUUUCAAAUGUUUUAUAUUUUGUCUUA